CCCAGCGCUCGAGGGUGCGCCUUCCCGCCCCUCCCCCCCGGGGGUCGGCACGACCCUCAGCCAUGGCGCGCCCCUGUUGGUACCUGGCGUAAGGAGGAGAGGUUGUCGCUGAAACACACCCAGAGUCACCUGUAGGAGAGAGGUGCUUCUGGAAGACCCCCAUGCCCGCCCAGCCUCCAGGCAAAGAGCCUGAAGAGAUGGAAGCCGAGGGCGACUCAGCCGCCGAGAUGAACGGGGAGGAGGAUGAGAGCGAGGAGGAGCGAAGCGGCAGCCAGACUGAGUCGGAGGAGGAAAGUUCAGAGAUGGACGAGGAGGACUACGAACGGCGCCGCUGCGAGUGUGUCAGCGAGAUGCUAGACCUGGAGAAGCAGUUCUCAGAGCUGAAGGAGAAGUUGUUCAGGGAACGGCUGAGCCAGCUGCGCUUGCGGCUGGAGGAAGUAGGGGCUGAAAGAGCCCCAGAAUACACAGAACCUCUUGGGGGCCUGCAGCGGAGCCUCAAGAUCCGUAUUCAGGUGGCAGGCAUCUACAAGGGCUUCUGUCUAGAUGUGAUCAGGAAUAAGUAUGAGUGUGAGUUGCAGGGAGCCAAACAGCACCUGGAGAGCGAGAAGCUGCUGCUCUACGACACCCUGCAGGGGGAGCUGCAGGAGCGGAUCCAGAGGCUGGAGGAGGACCGCCAGAGCCUGGACAUCAGCUCUGAGUGGUGGGAUGACAAGCUGCAUGCCGGAGGCAGCUCCAAGUCCUGGGACUCGCUACCGCCCAGCAAGAGGAAGAAGGCGCCUCUCGUUUCCGGAGAUCGACAUUCUGGAGGACUGGACUGCCAUCAAGAAGGCCAGGGCAGCCGUGUCCCCUCAGAAGAGAAAAGCAGAUGGACCAUGAUCCUGCUCUUGGAGUGGCUGGCACCACACUGGGACUCACACUUUCCUGCAGAAAGGUGGGGGCUUCCCAGCAAGCUCUCCAGUAUGGCUGCUGGGUGCCCCCCCCAUCCUUCCUUGGCCUGGGCCCCUCCUCUGCACUCAUCAGUUCCGGCACACCUGUGGCCCCCGAGCUGACCUAGCCAAGCAAGACUCUCCACCCCUGACCAGCCCACCACCUCCCCCUCCUGAAGAUGAGCCUCUUUGCCCCCCAUCUCCCCACAGAGAAGAUGGGCCUUGUCCUAAGCCCCAGCUUCAACCCUCCUCCCAACCUUGGAUCCUGUCACCCCAGCUGCUGGGCCACAAAGCUGCGUCCCAUUUUGGGGGACCUCAGGGCCAGAAAUGAUAUAUUGGAGGCGUGUCUGCCCUGGCUGGAGGUGGCGGCCUCACUCCCUAGGUUUCCUCAGGGCCCUUCCUGGCGUCCGCCUCCUGAAUUCUGAGGACUGGAAU